AUGUCAGCCGAGCUUCCAUGGCAUGCUGCAUAUCCCGCACCAAGGGGUGUGGCUCCCUCCAUAUCGCGAGAGGAGCUUUUGCAAUGGAUUCGAGAGGGUAAACAAGCAGGCCAAGACUUUGUACUUGUUGAUUUGCGGCGCGUGGACUAUGAGGGAGGAACGAUCCAAGGGUCAUUGAACUUGCCAGCUCAGACUUUAUACCCCACCAUCCCAACAUUUCAUUCUCUUGUAUCGAACAGUAGCGUGAAAUAUGUGAUUUGGUACUGUGGGUCAUCUGGCGGUAGAGGUACUCGUGCAGCAGGGUGGUUCGCAGAUCAUCUUGAAGAUCAACAGGAUACGGAAGUCAAGAGCUUGGUUCUCUCAGGAGGCAUUAAAGGAUGGGCUGCGGCUGGUUCUGAGUACACCUCCUUGAUGAGCGGGUAUGAUGCCUCUGUCUGGACGAAGUGA